AUGCCUUCUAAAAUCACCACCGAACUUGCUGAAAGCAACUUAUUAUUACCAGGUGUGAUAGACCUGAGAGCUGAGACAGAACCAGACAAACUCUUCUGCGUCCUGCUGAACUCCAAAAACGUGCAAGAUGGGCUUAUCAGCGUAUCUUACAGCGAUUAUGCCAAUGCCAUUAAUCGCUCGUGGUGGCUCGAGGGAAAGCUAGGAAGGGGUAAUGACUUGAAUCUAAAGACCAUCGGAUACUUUGAGCCUCCUAAUAUUCGACAGACCAUUGUUGCUUUGGCAGUUUCCAAGAUUAACCAUAAGUGUCAAGACAUUGUUGUUGCCCAAGACAUGCUGGCACUUACUCCCACCCUGAACGUUCUUACGUCUAAGAGAAUAUUACAAGUUCUACCAUUUGAGGAUACGACGCAUUGGCUUGAUCAUACCCAAGUUCCUCGUUACAUACACGAUGCUUCAUUUGAGAAGGAUGCAAGUCGACCUUUUGUAAUCUUACACACUUCAGGGUCUACAGGCUUUCCUGAGCCUGCCGUAUACACCUUCCGUGCUCUUGCAUCAUAUCGCACAUUCUUGGAGCCCCAAGAAGUGAUAGUAGGAGCGAGAAGAACAAUGGUCGACCUUUGGAAAAACAAAGUCACAUAUGUUGCUUUUCCAACUUCUCAUAUAGUUGGUUUCCUAUGCGGGACUGCAUUUAAUGUGUACUGGGAGCCCCUCGCAAGAGUGCCCAAAUAUCUUGAAGGGCUCCGAAGCCUCGAGCUAGCUAUUUGGUGCGGUGCGCCCUUCAGCUCCUCUAGUGUUCCGGAGAAAAUCCGAUCGCUUGUUCCAAUUAAUGCGGGUUAUGGAGCAACAGAAACUGGUCCAUUUAUUACGCAAGUAGAAAAUCAACUCGACUUCGAGUACAUGAGUUUUAGCCCUCUCAUGGGAGCACGAUUUCAGCCAUAUGCAGGUCAUCUCUAUGAGAUGGUUAUCGAGAAGAAGCCUGCGCUUCACGGCGCUCAGCACAUAUUUUGUGCUUUCCCCGACUUGAGCGAAGGCACUCCAAAGAUCUGUUCUCGAAGCAUCCUACAAAACCAGACUUGUGGCGGUACCAAGGACGCACUGACGAUAUCAUAG